GCCGCUCUCGCUGUUCUGUGCGGGUUGCUUUAGUUUCUCAACCACAGCGGCCAGAUUUAACGGUAUAACAUUUUUUGCGACUGUAAAACCAACACAAAGAGAAGAGGGUCGUUUUUAACGCAGCAGUGGCCUUUUAAAGAGCUCCGGGUCAGCAAGACUAUUCCCAUGGAUACUCCUGAAAGUCCCACCCAGUCCCCCCAGUCUCCUGAGGAGGAGGAGGACAUGGGUCUUUCUGACAGUGAGCUUCUGGAUUCUGCUGAUGACCAGGAGGAUAGAGUUGUCUCAGGCAGCGAUGUAGUGCAUGACGACGAAAAUGAACCGGAUGAGGAGGACAAAGAUGGAGAAACAGUGGAAAGCCGAAGACAAUGUUUGGACUUGGAGGAGAGACCAGAGGAAGAUGAGGUAGUCCCUGACUUUGUUUCUGACCCAGAGGAUGAGGAGCCUGUAGAAGAAACAGGAGGGAUUGGACAACAGGAUGAGACAAUUAUGCUGAUGGAGGGAGAUGAAGAUGGCCCGCAGGGGGAUUAUAUAGAUGAAGAUCAAGUUGACACCCCUCAGUCACCAGACUCUGAGCCCGGACAGGUCAGGAGAUUCAUUGCUGAAGAUGAUGAUGACAGGGAGGCUGGAUACAGUUACUACAGAACGAAUACCAAAUCAGAGCGUGUGACCGUUGAGGUGGAUGAUGAGGAGGAGGAUGAAGUAAGCAAGACAGAGGAGGAAAAAACAGUGAGAGUCGAAGGAGAUGGGAUGAGAAGAGGUGUCAUGGUGAGGGAGCUGGAUGAUGAUUCAGCAUCUGUUUCCCGGGAUUUGGACGAACAUGAGCUGGAUUAUGAUGAGGAGGUGCCAGAGGAGCCCAGCAUCCCUGUACAUGAGGAUGACGAGGAGGAGGAAGAUGCAAAGGUUGGAGGAGAUGAAGAGGAGGAUAAAGGCAGCAAGAAGGAGAAGAAACCAAUCUUACCUCCAUCUCCCAAAGACAGUGACUCCAAGAGAACAGAUGACUGCAAAGGGCUAGAGAGACUGCGUAAAGAGAAAGAUUCCUACAGAGACAAGACAAAGGAAGAGGAUGAUGGAGAGAUCGACGAAGGCGAGAUUGAUGAUGAUGACCUGGAGGAGGGGGAGGUCAAAGAUCCCUCAGACAGGAAGAUUAGACCACGUCCCAUCUGCAGGUUCUUCAUCAAAGGAAAUUGUACUUGGGGCAUGAACUGUAGGUUCAUCCACCCUGGAGUGAACGACAAAGGCAACUAUUCCCUCAUCACUAAACCUGAACUCUUCCCCCCUAAUGGAGCCCCUCCGGGAGGACCACUCCCACUCCUGCCUAAUAAUCCCUGGGCCGCGCCAGCAGUGGAAGAACUCCCCCCACCCCCUCUUCCAGUAGAGCCUCCUGUAGAAAGUGCCUGGGAGAGAGGCCUCCGACAUGCCAAAGAGGUGCUGAAGAAGGCCACUAUCCGUAAGGAGCAGGAGCCCGACUUUGAGGAGAAGCGCUUCAACGUAACCAUUGGAGAAGAUGAAAGGGAAUUUGACAAAGAGAACGAUUUCUUUCGAGAACGCAACUACCGCAUUAUCAGAGAGGAAAUGGAAUUUAGAGAACCGCCAUAUGGUGACCCGUAUGCAGAUCCAUACUAUGACUAUGAAAUGGAGGCCCUGUGGCGAGGAGGCCAGUAUGAAAACUUCAGAGUGCAAUACACAGAAGCUCCUCUUCCUUACCAUUACAGCGACCGCGAACGUGAGCAUGACCCCCGUGAGCGGAACCGGGACCGGGAGAGGGAGCGAGAUCACCGCGAGAGGGAGCGCCGCUUAAGAGAGAGGGAAAGAGAGCGGGAGCGAGAGCGUGAGAAGGAGAGGAUGCGGCGGAAAGAAGAAUGGGAGAGGGACCGGAUGAAACGGGAUGAAAAGGAGAGGCCGAGGCUUCGUCCUCCUCGAGAGCCCAAGGAGAAGAAGGAAGAAGACAAACUGAAACCACGCUCUCCCCUGAACCUGCCACCCAACAGACCUAUGGAGCCUCCCUCCAAGAAGGAGGUUGUUCCAUUGAUGAGGCGCCCAGAUGAGUGGAAGGACCCAUGGCGACGGUCCAAGUCCCCAAGGAGACGCCCGGGACUGGGCUCCCCAACAAGGGGCCGUCGGCGGCAUCGGCCCUCGGGUUCCUCUGUGUCUCUGUCCAACUCUUCCAGGUCUUCGUCUCGGUCUUCAUCCUACUCGGGCUCUGGGUCGUCUCGUUCCCGCAGCCGCUCCUCCUCCUUCAGCUCCUACACCAGCCACACAUCCCAGCACAGUUCCUUUACUGGCAGUCGUUCUAGGUCUGGGUCUUUCUCCACAUCUCCCUCACCAAGUCCAGCUGCAUUAAGGACUAUGAAGAACAAACCAGAGGUUCCUCCUGCGUUGGCUAAAGGCAUGCCCCCGAAGCCCGGCUCCAUGCCCCCUCCUCGCAGGGAGAAGCCGCCUAUGAAAAAGGCCCCCAGUCCUCCUCCACCUGGAGCAAUGCAAGGCAGGCCUCCCAAAGCCAUGAUGGAGAUAAGUAAGCCUCCCGCCAAUCCCCGGGAGCCUGUAGGCACAGCUGCCGGGGCAGGCGGCAGUGGAAUUGGGAGGCCGCCACCACCAAGGGAACCUGCAAAACCCCCCAACCCGCGGGAAGGCAGAAAGAAAGAACGACAGCAGCACCCUCCUCGGCGGCGAACCUUGAGUGGGAGUGUAAGCGGAAGUGGUAGUAGUUAUACUGGUUCCAGUUCGAGAUCUAGAUCCUCAUCAAACUCUCUCUCCCGCUCACGUUCCGUUUCCAGAAAAUCCAGAUCCCUGAGUGUGAGCAGUGUGUCGUCAGUGUCGUCGGCAUCGUCCAGCAGCAGCUCGGUGCGCAGCGCCGACUCAGAUGACAUGUAUGCCGACCUGGCCAGCCCAGUGUCUUCUGCCAGCUCCCACUCCCCAGCUCCAAAUCAUCCCCGCAAAGAGCAAGCGCCUGCACGGGAGCGGCCUCCACAUGGAAGAGACAAGAACAGGGAGAGAGUGCCAAAGAAAGAUGAUCCCAUCAGGGAGGAGCGCAGGAAAAUAGACCCAUCUGGUGCUCCACCUAGAGGGGUCAACCCUGCACCUAGAUCAGGAACUGGAAACAGGGGUGGCCACCCUGUGCACCCCCCACCCGGCAAUGUCGGCCCCCCUGGAAACUAUGGAGGUUCAGGUUCCCACAAAGACAUCAAGCUCACCCUCCUUAACAAGCAGCAAGAUAAAGGCAACAGGAAGAGGUACCUGCCCUCAGACAAAGGUUCACCACUCAGCAAGAGAAUGGCCAUGUCCCCAGACAGAGGCCGUGAUAAAAGGAUUCUCGGCCGACUUCCACUCUCCCCUCGAAUGGAGCGGCCCAGAGGCGCCGGGCCCCGACCCGUUCCCUCUCAGGGCGACAGGAAACGUCCUUUGUCACCCCCUCCCAAGUCUUCUGGCAAAGGCCCCGUGGUGCCGUUGGGCAAACCAGCAGCCCCCAGCUCCGCCUCGGCCGCCGGCUCGGGCUCCAGCAAACCCAGCAACACACUCUCUCGCCGCGAGGAGCUGCUGAAACAGCUCAAGGCUGUGGAGGACGCCAUUGCCCGAAAGCGUGCAAAGAUCCCUGCUAAAUAAAAGGAGCCCUUUCCCUGCCGGCUGGUCUGCACAGCCCGGGAGCUGGGCAUCAGUGAGGAUCACGGCACCGUCAGUGCUGAAUGGUUUGUGCCACCGGGGAGAUGGUUUUCUGCUUGUUUGGCUCCGCUCCACUCGGAGGCGUCAUUCACUCCCACGUGUCCAACUUUUCCUCCCUUAAAAUAAACGAAUGUCUAAGUUGCAAAGAGAAAAUCUUUGGGCGUUUGGAGGAGGAGCAGCUUGUUUAGACCUGUUUACCUACAAAAACAGAAGGUAGAAAGCUGCACUCUGUCACCUGGAAGCAUCUUCCUUGUGUGCUGUAAUCAAUAACAGAUUUCCUCCUGCUACUACUUCUAUGUCUUUCUCUGCCCCUUUUAUUAUCUUGGUCUCUCUUGCUCCUUUAGUUGUCUCUGUGUGGAGUGGUUUGGCAGUUGGCUCCUUCCACAGGGUACCAACAGUCUACAGGACUUCACUAUACUACUUUGUACAAAUCUGCAACUCGAGCAUUUUUUUUUGGUCCCUGUAAACAAUCCCAGUGGGCCUCGUGGUCACUCCUUGUACAAUAACUACAAGUCAUCACUUUGUUUAAGACAUAUGAUUAUAGACAGCAGUGAUGUGAAGUAUUGCUUUUUUAUCUGCAGCGUUUUGUUUUCAUAUUAGCCCUUUGCAAACCAUAGAUCAAUGUUUUAUUUGUGUCACAUUUUUAGUUGAAGGAGUACGAGUAGAGACAAGAUAUGUCUUGCUUUUGGGACAAAAGCCUUCUAAAUAAAAUAUUUUGAUAAAGAGAAGGUCUGUUUUUGUCUUAUGAGUGAGUCAAUACUUGUGCAUUCAAAGAAAAGUAAUCCAGAUGACGCGUCUAACUGCAGAAGCUUAGACACUGCUGAUCCAUUAGUCAACUGUAAUUAACCAUAUAUUGCAUCAGCACUGUCUUGUGAGAAGUCCGUUCUAUUGAACUAAUGUGUUUUCUCUAUUAAAAUCCAUCACAUCA